UGACUCCAUCAACAUUUUGUGGAUAUCGGGCAAUUGCUAUUUUUGUUUACAAUGUACGUUCAUGUGUAGACUUAUUUGGAUUUCUAACCUUCAUCUUUCUUUUUCAUCAAAUAUGGCACGACCUGGAUGCGGAGCGUUGUUGGAGCGCCUUGUCGUUCUCAUUGUUUGCUUGCAUCUUACUUUUAAUUCUACUUGGGCACAGCUACGAUACUCUGUUCCUGAGGAGCUUACAGUGGGUGCUGUUGUUGGAAAUAUCGCUAAAGAUCUAGGACUGGAUAUCAGUGCUUUGAAUGCUAGAGGAUUUCGCAUUGUUUCUGGAUCGACUGAACCCAUGUUUGAACUGAACAAUAACGGCAUCUUACACGUUAACCGAAAAAUUGACAGAGAGGAGGUUUGCGAGCGGAUCAGUACCUGCAUUAUCAACAUAAAGACCGUGCUGGAGAAUCCGUUAGAGGUGCAUUACGUCGCCAUUGAGGUUUUGGAUGUUAAUGACCACUCUCCCACCUUCUCCGAAAACGAGACGCAGUUAGAGAUAUCAGAAUCUGCUUUACCUGGGGCACGAUUUCAACUACAAGGUGCCCAUGAUCCAGACAGCGACAUUAAUGCUAUUCAACAGUAUAAGCUCAGUCAAAAUGAUCAUUUUCGCCUGGAGGUUAAAGAUCGAAGAGAAGAUGGGAAAAUUCCUGUUUUGCAUCUGCAUAAACCGCUGGACAAAGAAACAGCAAGAAGUCAUAGAUUACUGCUGACAGCUGUUGAUGGAGGGAAGCCUGCUAGGUCAGGGACCAUGACAAUUAUUGUUAAUGUUUUAGAUGUAAAUGACAAUAUGCCAGUUUUUGCCAAGGAGUCAUAUAAUGCGGUGCUGAAUGAAAAUUCACCAGUUGGCACAAUUAUAAUGCAAGUGAAUGCCACGGAUUUAGAUGAUGGUUUAAAUGGGGAGGUGGUUUAUUCUUUCGGUAAUAAUGUAAAUAAUAAAUUACGUAAAGUUUUUGAAGUUGACCCUAAUACUGGUGAAAUUAUUGUUAAAGGACUGAUAGAUUUUGAAGCAAAAGACAGCUAUGAAAUCGACAUUAAAGCUUCUGAUAAAGGACCAGUCCCCUUAGAGACAGAAAAAAGUGUUAUAAUAACUAUUGUGGAUCUGAAUGAUAACGCACCUGAGAUUGAGGUGACAUCUUUUUCAAGUGCAAUUCCAGAGGACUCCAAACCUGGCACGACAGUAGCGUUGAUAAGUGUGAACGAUAAUGAUUCAGGCUUAAAUGGAAAGGUAAUCUGUUUUAUAAGUGAGGAUGUACCUUUUACAUUAACACCAUCUUUACAAGACAACAUGUAUUCUAUAGUCACCAAAUCUAUGCUAGAUAGGGAACAUCAGUCCAAAUAUGAUGUAACAAUUAUUGCUAAAGAUGCGGGUGAACAACCUCUGUCAUCUCAAAUGAUAAUAAGUGUGACUGUAUCAGAUGUAAAUGAUAACAGUCCAGAGUUCUCAACAAAUCUAUACAAUUUUUAUGUGAUUGAGAACAAUGUCGCAGGAGCUUCCUUAUUUUCAGUGAGCGCUUCUGAUUGUGAUGAGGGUGAUAAUGCCCUCAUAUCAUAUAAGAUUGUGAGAAGUGGGGAGGAAAACAAAAAAAUUACACCAUUUCUCAACAUAAACUCUGAAACCGGAGAUAUUUUGGCGCUGAAAAGUUUCGACUUUGAAACUCUGAAAACUUUUCAGUUCCAAGUUGUCGCCACAGAUUCUGGAACUCCGUCACUAAGCAACAACGUC